AUGCCAAAAGAACAACACGUAUUAAAUAUUGGUAAACGUGCGGUUGUCUGUCAAGACAUCGAACUGAAAGGUGAAAUCCAAAUUGGAGCUGGAGGUCCAAUUAUUAUUGGUCAGAAUAAUAUUGUUGAGGAAAAUGUGACGAUACUUAAUAAACUCACACGAACGCUUAAACAAUUCUUAUUGCAAAUCUUAAAUUUUAGGUUACCUACUGCUUUAACUAUUGGAGAUGAUAACGUAUUCGAAGUAGGAUGUUAUGUUGAAGGAUCGAAAAUUGGAAGCAAGAAUAUAAUAGAAGCAAAAGCAAGAAUCUUGGGCAGUACAUCCCUAGGUAAUAAUUGUGUCGUUGGAGCUGUAUGUUCGACCAAAGAGGAUGAAAACAUUUCGGAUAAUACUGUUAUAUUUGGCGAUCAUCACAACAGACGAAUUCAAACGGCGUCAGCCAAUCAACUUUCCAGCUUACAUACACGCCAUUUGGAUUAUCUUCGAGAAGUUUUGCCCAAAUUUAAUCAUAUUCGUGUUAGUGGUGCACCAGAAUCGCAAGAAGUUGCUAUUUCGAGAAAAGCGAUAAAACAAACAGCUUCACAUUAA